CAAGCAAAUUGGGAAGAGUGGCGGAGAGGGUAGAAACAGUAACCGAUUGAUUAACCCAUCUGCGAAUGAGAGAAAGAGAGAGGUGAUGAGAAAGCUACAAAGCACACCACUUCAUAAAGCGAGUACGGCAGAGUUAGAGCCCCUCCGAUAAAAUCCAGAUGAGUUUGUAAGAAGAAUCUUCCGGGGGACAAAGAGAAAAAGUAUGGGAAUGGGAAGCAGGGAAGGAACAAACCACACUACCCAUUCGUCAUCUGCUGCAAGCAACAUGAGACCCAACAAUUCUAGCAGCAACAAGAAUAAAGCCAUAGCUCAGUACAAUGCAGAUGCAAGCCUCCUGGCUGAGUUCGAGCAGUCUGGGGAGUCAGGUAAGUACUUUGACUACACCAAGUCAGUUAAAUCUACACCUGAUUCUGUUCCUGAAGAACAUAUUACUGCGUAUCUCUCGAAAAUCCAAAGGGGUGGACUCACCCAGCUCUUCGGUUGCAUGCUCGCCAUUGAAGAACCCAGUUUCAGGAUCAUAGCUUAUAGUGAAAACACUAUCGACAUGUUGGGUCUUAGCGGUCUACUAGAUUCAAAACAAUUAAAGAGUCUGCUUGGCGUCGAUGCUCGAAGCCUUUUCACCCCUGCUUCCGGGGCGUCUCUGGCUAAAGCUGCUGCCACCAGAGAAAUUUCAUUGUUGAAUCCAAUAUGGGUCCAUUCGAGAAGUAACCAGAAACCAUUUUACGCCAUACUCCACAGAAUUGAUGUGGGUAUGGUCAUUGACUUGGAGCCAGCUCGGCCGGGCGACGCUGCGUUAUCUGUUGCAGGUGCAGUUCAAUCGCAGAAACUCGCUGUUCGGGCAAUUUCCCGGCUGCAGUCACUUCCUGGGGGUGAUAUCGGAAUCUUAUGCGAUACAGUUGUGGAAGACGUUCAGGAGCUUACUGGGUAUGACAGAGUCAUGGUUUAUAAGUUCCAUGAGGAUGAGCAUGGUGAAGUUGUUUCGGAGAUCAGAAGGUCUGAUUUGGUGCCUUAUUUGGGUUUACAUUAUCCAGCAAUAGAUAUACCCCAAGCUGCGCGUUUCCUGUUCAAGCAGAACCGAGUAAGGAUGAUCUGCGACUGUAGUGCUGCUCCCGUCAGGGUUAUCCAGAGCGAAACUUUGACGCAGCCACUAUGCUUGGUCAAUUCAACCCUUCGAGCGCCUCAUGGUUGUCACGCACAGUAUAUGACCAACAUGGGAUCCAUUGCUUCGUUGGUGAUGGCAAUUAUUAUCAAUAAUAACGAAUCCAAAAAACUGUGGGGGUUGGUAGUCUGCCACCACACUUCACCCCGUUAUGUUCCAUUUCCUCUUCGCUAUGCCUGUGAAUUCCUCAUGCAGGCUUUUGGACUUCAGUUGAACAUGGAGCUUCAAUUGGCAACGCAGCUGGCAGACAAGAAGAUGCUUAGGACACAGACCUUGUUGUGUGACAUGCUCCUCAGGGACGCUCCAUUUGGCAUAGUGACUCAGUCCCCUAAUAUCAUGGAUCUUGUAAAGAGCAACGGGGCCGCACUGUUCUAUGGUGGGAUGUGUUGGUUGUUGGGUGUAACACCAACCGAGGCACAGAUAAAGGAUAUAGCAGAGUGGCUUCUUACAACUCAUGGGGAUUCUACAGGGUUGAGUACAGAUAGUUUGGCUGAUGCCGGCUAUCCAGGUGCAGCUUUACUUGGAGAUGCAGUCUGUGGUAUGGCUGCUGCAAGGAUUACUUCAAAGGACUUCCUUUUCUGGUUUAGGUCUCACACUGCAAAGGAAAUCAAAUGGGGAGGAGCUAAGCACCACCCUGAGGACAAAGAUGAUGGUGGAAAGAUGCACCCAAGAUCAUCAUUUAAGGCUUUCCUUGAAGUAGUAAAAAGUAAGAGUUUUCCCUGGGAAGUUUCUGACUUGAAUGCUAUUCAUUCACUACAGCUUAUUAUGCGAGGUGCAUUUCAGGAUAUUGAUGACAGUAGUGCUAAGACAAUGAUCCGUGCACAACAGAAUAAUAUGGAGAUUGAGGGGAUGGAGGAACUCGGUUCGGUGGCCUGUGAGAUGGUCAGAUUGAUCGAGACAGCAACUGCCCCAAUAUUUGCUGUUGAUUCGGCUGGGCUAAUCAAUGGAUGGAAUGCCAAGACUGCUGAAUUGACAGGAUUACCAGCUAGUGAAGCUAAGGGGAAGUCCCUUGUUAAUGACCUUCUCCAUGAGGAAUCUCGUGAAGUUGUUGAAUACCAUCUAUCUCAAGCUUUGAGAGGUGAGGAGGACAAAAACAUUGAGUUAAAAUUGAAGACUUUUGGGCUAGAGCAACAAAACCCAGCUGUGUUUAUCAUGGCCAAUGCCUGCUCCAGUAGGGAUUACACAAAUACUGUUGUUGGCGUGUGCUUUGUGGGUCAAGAUGUCACAGGAGAGAAACUGAUAAUGGACAAAUUUAAACGCUUGCAAGGGGAUUACAAGGCUAUUAUUCAGAAUGUCAAUCCAUUGAUCCCACCUAUAUUUGCAUCAGAUGAGAACGCUUGCUGCUCUGAGUGGAAUGCAGCAAUGGAAAAUCUAUCUGGUUGGAAAAAGGAGGAGGUUUUUGGAAAAAUGCUUAUUGGGGAAAUCUUCGGGGGUUUGUGUCGACUGAAAGGUCAAGAUCCACUUACUAAAUUUAUGAUUCUCUUGCACCGAGCACUUGGUGGCCAGGAUAUCGAGAAGUUCCAAUUUGGUUUCUUUGAUAGGAAAGGAAAAUAUGUGGAUGUUCUGUUAACAGCAAACAAGCGGGCUACCAUGAAUGGGGAUAGAAUUGGCUGUUUCUGCUUCCUGCAGAAGGUUGUUCCUGAACUGACACAGGCCUUAGAAGUGCAAAAUCAACAGAAGAAGUGCUUUACAAGACUUAAGGAAUUGGCCUACAUUCAGCAAGAGGUGAAAAAUCCUUUGAAUGGUAUACGGUUUACCCACCAACUCUUGGAGGCAACUGCUUCUGAUGAUCAGAAGCGGUUUCUUGAGACAAGUAAUGCAUGUGAAAGACAGAUGAUGACAAUCAUAGAGGACAUGGAUCUAGGAAGAUUAGAGGAGGAAUGUAUGGAGCUAAACAUGACAGAGUUUCUAUUGGGAAGUCUUGUAGAUGCUGUUGUUAGUCAAGUAAUGAUUUUGUUAAAAGACAAGAAUUUACAGCUGUUUCAUGAGAUACCAGAGGAAAUGAAAACUCUAUCCCUUUAUGGUGAUCAAAUUAGACUACAGCAAGUCCUGUCAGAUUUUUUGCUGAAUAUAGUGCAUCAUACACCAUCUCCAGAUGGUUGGGUAGAAAUCAAGGUUACACCCUGUUUAAAGCUGGUACAAGAUGGGGUUGAACUUUUACAUUUGCAGUUCAGGUAUUAUUAAGUUCAUUAAUAUGCU